CUGCGCGCGUGCUUCGCUAGCUAUGGCGGCCGCCAAGGAGCGUUUGGAGUUCCACGCCAAGCAGCAUUGGCACCCGGAGGAGGCCGUAGAAGAUCCGGAUGAGGACGAAAAUGAUGAAGCGGGGAAUGGGUUCUCCUUGGAGGAGGUGUUACGACUCGGAGGCAGCAAGCAAGAUUACCUUAUGCUGGCUACUCUGGAUGAGAAUGAGGAAGUGGUGGAUGGAGGCAAAAAAGGAGCAAUUGAUGACCUUAAAGAAGGUGAACUGGAAGCAUUUAUUCAAAAUCUUAGUUUGGCCAAGUAUGCAAAAGCGUGUUUAAUUGAAGAUGAUGAACCAGCUAAAAAUGAAAAUGCCAGCAAAAAAGAAACAAAAGUAGAUAAUAAGAAGCAAAAUGCAGCAGACUAUGAAAAGGCAUCAAUCAGUAAGAUAAAAAAUAAGAAGAAACUGGAUCAAAGUUCUGAUAAGAACAGCAGUGCUGUACCAAAAGUGAAGAAAGAUAAACAACAGGACAUCUUUGAAUUUUUUGAGAGGCAGACAUUGUUACUCAAGCCUGGAGGUAAAUGGUAUGAUCUGGAGUACUGCAGUGAAUAUUCUUUGGAGCCCCAGCCUCGGGAUGUUGUGUCUAAGUACCAAACUUUGGCUCAGAAGUUAUAUGAGCAUGAAAUCAGCUUAUUCAAAAAUAAGGCAAAUAAUCAAAAGGGAGCCUCUUCUACUUGGAUGAAAGCAAUUGUAUCCUCAGGAACUUUGGGUGACAGAAUGGCAGCCAUGAUUCUUCUUAUUCAGGAUGAUGCUGUCCACACACUCCAGUUUGUGGAAACUCUGAUGACUCUUGUUAAAAAGAAGGGUAGCAAACAGCAGUGCCUCAUGGCUUUGGAUACUUUUAAAGAAUUACUUAUUACAGAUCUUUUGCCAGACAAUCGGAAGCUACGUAUUUUCAGUCAGCGUCCUUUCAACAAAUUAGAAGAGUUGUCCAGUGGCAACAGGGACUCAAGAGAUAGAAGACUUAUCUUAUGGUAUUUUGAACACCAGCUGAAACACUUAAUGGCCGAAUUUGUGCAGGUCUUAGAAACUUUGAGUCACGAUUCAUUAGUAACCACCAAAACUAGAGCUCUUAAAGUGGCUCAUGAGCUUCUUUGCAACAAACCUGAGGAAGAAAAGGCUCUCCUUGUGCAGGUGGUGAAUAAACUGGGAGAUCCUCUGAACAGAAUCGCCACAAAAGCUUCCCAUCUAUUAGAGAUUUUGCUUUGUAAACAUCCCAAUAUGAAAGGAGUUGUUUGUGGUGAAGUUGAAAGACUUCUCUUUCGCUCAAAUAUCAGCUCCAAAGCUCAAUAUUAUGCAAUUUGCUUUUUAAAUCAAAUGGCCCUGUCCCAUGAAGAAAGCGACUUGGCUAAUAAGUUAAUAACUCUUUAUUUUUGUUUUUUCCGGAGUUGUAUCAAGAAAAAGGAUAUUGAAUCAAAAAUGCUUAGUGCCCUGUUGACAGGCGUGAAUAGGGCAUACCCAUAUUCUCAGACUGGUGAUGAAAAAGUGAGGGAGCAGGUUGACACGCUGUUUAAAGUGCUGCAUGCUGUGAAUUUUAACACCAGUGUGCAGGCUUUAAUGUUGCUUUUCCAAGUAAUGAAUUCCCAGCAGACAAUAUCAGAUCGCUAUUACUCAGCAUUAUAUAGGAAGAUGUUGGAUCCAGGAUUGAUAUCAUGUUCUAAGCAAGCCAUGUUUCUUAAUCUUGUCUACAAAUCUCUGAAAGCUGACAUCAUGUUGCGCAGAGUGAAGGCUUUUGUGAAGAGAUUGCUUCAAGUGACUUGUGAACAAAUGCCGCCGUUCAUAUGUGGAGCUUUAUAUCUCGUGUCCGAGAUCCUUAAAGCAAAACCAGGGCUAAGAAGUCAACUAGAUGAUCAUCCAGAAUCUGAUGAGGAAGAAAAUUUUAUUGACAUAAAAGAUGAAGAAGACAUAGAAAAAUUCACUGAUGUAGAUAAAGAAACAGAUACAGAAAAAAAAGUUGAAGAAGAAACUAUGUCAGAAAGUACUACAGAAACCAAGAAAUCAGAGUCUGCUUCUUGGGUCCACUUUGAUAAUUUGCAAGGUGGUAAACGGUUAAACACAUAUGAUCCAUUUAGCAGAAACCCUUUAUUUUGUGGAGCUGAAAACACAAGUCUUUGGGAACUCAAAAAGUUAUCUGAACAUUUUCACCCUUCUGUAUCCCUCUUUGCAAACACUAUCCUUCAGGGUAAUUACAUUCAGUACUCAGGUGACCCACUGCAGGAUUUCACACUAAUGAGAUUCUUGGAUCGAUUUGUUUACCGAAAUCCAAAGCCACAUAAAGGCAAAGAAAACACAGAUAGUGUCGUUAUGCAGCCCAAAAGAAAACAUUUUACAAAGGAUAUUCGAAAUCUUCCUGUCAACAGUAAGGAGUUCCUUGCAAAAGAAGAAAGCCAGAUACCAGUGGAUGAACUGUUUUUCUAUAGGUACUAUAAAAAAGCUGCAACUGCUAAAGAGAAACAAAAACGUGAUGCAGAUGAAGAAAGUAUAGAAGAUGUGGAUGAUGAUGAAUUUGAAAGAAUGAUUGACACAUUUGAAGAUGAUAACUGCUUCACCUCUGGAAAGGAUGACCUUGAUUUUGCUAGCCAUGUGAAAAAGAAAAAAAGAGGAGCUAAGAAGGACCCAGAGGAUGAAGAUUCAGAAGACAGUGACGACGACCUGGAUAACCUGGAUGAUGAUGAAGUUUCUUUAGGAAGUAUGAAUGAAGAAUUUACUGAAACUAAUGAAGAUGGAGGCACAUUCAUGGAUUUGUUGGAUGAUGAAAGUGAAGACAUUUUAGAAUCUGAUGAUGAACCCAGCUCCAAAGUCAGUACUAAAAGAAGCAAGAGAAAAGAUGCAGAUGAUUUUGAUUUUGCUGGAUCAUUUCAAGGACCAAAGAAAAAAAAGAAAAGAGAUUUCAAUGAUUCCAACCUGUUUGUAUCUGCUGAGGAGUUUGGUCACCUGUUAGAUGAAAAUAUGGGUUCUAAAUUUGACAACAUUGGCAUGAAUGCCAUGGCUAACAGAGAUAAUGCAAGUUUCAAGCAGCUUAAAUGGGAGGCUGAACGGGAUGACUGGAUACAUGACAGAGAUGUGAAAAGUAUCAUCAAGAAAAAGAAAAAUUUCAAAAAGAAGCUGAAAAUCACUCAGAAAACUAAGAAGCAGAGAAAACGAGCAAUUCCUAAAUAAUUUAAAGAGCAGAGAGUGGAUAUCCAGCAGUACCCUACGGAAACGCUCAGUGAAGUACACUUACGGAAACGCUCAGUGAAGUACACUGAGGAAGAACUAACAAAUUGCAACCGUGGCACUACUCAGGACUACUACUCCGUUUAGGGAAAUUGAAACCGGCGCCACCCUCACUAAAGUUGAGGGCUCUACUAUAAGGUGGGUAUUGCUCCAGAAUUCAAGGUUCUUUCAGUGAUAGCCAGUAGUAGCAUGGGGAAGGCUUUCAGUGCCCUGUAUUGACAGAGAGUGAAGGAGUCUACAAGCUUCCAAAAACUAACUUUGCUUGCUUUGACUAUGCUAUUUCUUGAUUUCUCCAUCUACCAAACAAGGGUGUAUUGAAUAGGCUGAAUUUCAGUCUACUCCCCCACUAAGCCAGACCAAAGCACUAGCUCUAUACUCCUUCCUGGUAAAACCCAUGGAAGUGUGAGACAUCUUCCCUAAUCUAUAAGUGAACCUUUGUUAGGGAGAAGUAAGUCAUUUGGUCUACAAUAAUAAACACUUAGCUCUCCCCAUAAAAAUACCCAACAUAUUCACUCUAAACCAAUUUGUUUAAAAAAGCCAUGUAACAGGCCCUCCGUGGUGGCGCAGCG